AAAAAAAAAAAACAUAAAAAAAAUGCUUGAAAUCGAAGGGUGUCUGUGUUCCUAUUUGUGCAUAGCCUUACCAACAAAUUAGCCGAUACUCAUUUGUCACCCAACCCUAAAGAGUGUACAAGGGAUUUCUCCUGAGAGUUUAGAUGGCAAGCCGAGUUACGCGGUCGAGGCAACAAAUAACUCAGCAGCCAGAACCACAAUCGCGGGCUAGGUGGACAAAUGGCCUAACUAAGAUAUUUGCAGACUUGAUGGUUGAGCAGGUUCAGAAAGGGAAUAAAAUAAACAACAAUUCUUUUAGUAAGAAAGCAUGGAAUAUAAUGUCUGAUGAGUUUUAUCAGAAGACUGGCUUGAAAUGGGAUAAGGAGCAGCUCAAGAACAGAUAUGCAGUUAUGAGGAGGCAACACGCCAUUGUAAAGUCACUUCUUAGUCGAAGUGAAUUCGGUUUGGAUGCAUCUACUGGGAACAUUAUUGCCAGCAACCAAGCUUGGAAUGAUUACAUAAAGGGACAUCCUGAUGCUGAGCCUAUAAGAGGCAGUGGGUGCCCAAUCUACAAACAGCUCGGUGUGAUAUUCUCUGAGCCAUUAACCAAUGGAAAUCAUGACCAGCCUGCUGAACAAGAGGAAGAGGUUCCUUCAUCAGUCCCCCUUAAGGAGACUUUGAACGCUGUCCAACAGGAAGAAUCCCCUUCAGAAUCUGAGGAUGAGGAUGAUGUGGCAGACAAUCAAGAAAUGGUUCAACCUGCCACACAUGUUGCAACUACUACAAUGCACAGUACUAGUACAACUACUGGUGCAGAGAAUAUAACUGCUGGUAAUCGUAAACGAGGUCGCAAGGGGAUUGAUGAUGCUAUUGCAGGGGCUAUAUUGCACAUGGCAGCUGCAUCAAGGCUAAGGACAGCUGCCAUAAAGCGAAUUAGUGAGAGAUACAGUGUAGCUGAUUGCGUUAAGGAAUUGGAUGCAAUGCAAGGUGUGGAAGAAGGAGUCUAUUUUGCUGCUCUGGAUUUGUUUGACAACCCUAAUGCAAGGGAGAUCUUCUUGUCUCUAAAAGGUGAAAAGCGGAUGAUUUGGUUGCUUUGCAAGUGUAAUGCUAGCCAAGUAUCAUAAGUUGAAAAUAGGAAUUAUCAUGCGCACAGUUUAUAGGCAUGACAAGAAACAAAUUUCCUCUUUGACUUGUUAAGCUCAGUUUUGUUUUGAAUCAACUUGUUGAUGUGGAUUUUAUGUUCACAUCAACCGACUGCACAAGAAUGGUCACCAUGCACGAGAUACCUACUGGCAUUUUGCUUGACACAAAAAUUCGUCUGAGCUAAAAAUGCAGCUGUUGAAACAAUUUAUGAAGUAUAUAAAUAAAGGAUCUUCUACUUAUUUUCAA